UCCGGGACAGGCGGGUGCGCAGCGCAGCCGCGUCGUCCUGGGCGUUCGGGGCCUGCCCGGACCUCGCCGCGCGCCGCAGAGCCUGCCCCUCGCCCGCGAUGUCCCGGCAGCUCCGCGCGGCGGCCGCGCUCUUGGCGUCCCUGGCGGUAAUUUUGCAGGAUGGCAGUCAAAUGAGAGCAAAGGCGUUUCCGGAAACCAGAGAUUAUUCUCAGCCCACUACAGCAGCAACAGUACAGGACACAGCAAAGCCUGUCCUGCAGCCAGCUAACCAAGCACCUCCCCAAACCUUAGCAGCAAGACUAGUGGACAGUCACAUCCCCUCUCAAAUAGCGUCCACAAUGAAAACCCCAACAACCACCCUGGUAACUGCAGAGAGCACCGUAACCACAAGCCCAAUCAUCCGCACCCUGGUCACAACCCAGGACACACCCCACAACUCUCACACGGCUGCUCCAGUUACUGAAGCGACGGUCGGCCCCAGCUCAGCCCCUCAUUCACAGCCAGCCACCGUCACCCCACCGGCUCAUACAACCGGAACCGGUUCAUCAGCUGUCAGCCACACAGCUAGGAACCCCACCCAACCCAGUAACCAGACCAUCCUUCCAGCAACUUUACCCACGACGCCACACAGAAGCACAGGUGGUCAGAAGCCCGUCCAACCCACCCAUGCCCCAGGCACAACUUCGGCCACACAGAAUACCACCGGGACAGCCCCGCCUGUCUCCACCGUUCCUGCACCCACCCUCGCCCCUCAGCCAACGUCAGCCAAGACCGGAACUUACCAGGUUCUGAAUGGAAGCAGACUCUGUAUAAAAGCAGAGAUGGGGAUACAGCUGAUCGUUCAAGACAAGGAGUCGGUGUUUUCGCCUCGGAGAUACUUCAACAUCGACCCCAACGCAACCCAAGCCUCUGGGAACUGUGGCACCCGAAAAUCCAACCUUCUGUUGAAUUUUCAGGGCGGAUUUGUGAAUUUCACAUUUACCAAGGAUGAAAAAUCCUAUUAUAUCAGUGAAGUGGGAGCCUAUCUGACUGUCUCAGAUCCAGAGACAGUUUACCGAGGAAUGCAACACGCCGUGGUGAUGUUCGAGACAGCGGCCGGGCACUCCUUCAAGUGUGUGAGUGAACAGAGCCUCCAGCUGUCAGCCCACCUGCAGCUGAAAACAACCAACGUCCAGCUUCAAGCCUUUGAUUUUGAAGGUGACCGCUUCGGAAAUGCGGAUGAAUGCUUCAGAGACAGAAACAGGAGAGAAAUCCCUGUGGCCCUGGGCCUGAGUAUCACAGGACUGCUUGUCAUUUUGCUAACCGCAUGUCUGGUGGCCAGAAAGAGGCCCCGUAGAGGAUAUGGACGCAUGUAAAGCCCCACUUCCUUCAAAAUGUGCAAGCUUAAGGCCCCGGGAAUUCUGGCAUCGCACUCAGUCCGAAGUGAACGGACUGGCCUCCCCAUUGCCUGCUGCAGCCUCCAACCUCCCUUUCCACCAAAGGGCUAUCCCCGGGCCGGGAAACGGCACCCCCGCCUCCUCCUGACGGCUUGGGGAGGCCAUGCCGGGCGUGCUUGAAUAUACCAGGGCUGGCUUCCAGAAUUAGGGGCAGUAGGCAAAGACGUGAGCAGGGUGCUUGUGAGAAGGAGAAAGCAAAAACCCGGAGGGAGAACUGUGGGGAGGACAUUUGCAAAUGGACUGAUUUUUCUUAUACAUUUUCAGGAGUCCUGAUUUUCAGCUUCUAAAAACAUUACUUUAAAAAACCCAUGCAUUUCAAAGUUGAUUACAAAAUGAUUUAAACUCCUGGAUU